UGGCCCUGAUGGGGAAGCUGGACUUCAUCAAUAAGCACUCGUUCAAUGACUUCAAGCUGCGUAUCGGCAUUAACCACGGGCCGGUGGUUGCCGGCGUGAUCGGGGCACGGAAGCCCCAGUAUGACAUCUGGGGCAACAGUGUCAACGUGGCGAGUCGGAUGGACACAACAGGGGUCCUGGGCAGGAUACAGGUGACGCAAGAGACCAGCAGGGUCCUACAACGCCUGGGCUACACCUGCCACAACCGCGGACUGAUCAAGGUCAAGGGCAAGGGUGACCUCCGCACCUACUUUGUGUCCACCGACAUGCCCCGCUCCACUUCCCAGGGCAACGUGCUCAACUGACCCUCCAAUACCCCCAACCCCACCCCCCCCCCGCUCCACCCCGAUCGGGCCACGCCCCACGGAGGUCAAGGGGCAGCCGGUGACCUCGCUUGUCCGCCGGGAUGGAGACGGCACUGCCGGGAGCCAGGAGCGGGAGGGCCUGCCCUGUGGACGGACGAUCGGGAGGGAGCUGCGGAGGAUUUCCGAUCGCCGCCGGACUCCUCUCCGGGGCGUCAGAGGGGGCUGGUGUGACGUCCCGCGCCGAGAGGGGAGCUCGUGGGAUCUUCCCCGCGGCCGGUCGACGUCUCACAGCGAACGGGGUCGGCUCUCGCCCGGUUGGAUGUCCCGUCCGUCGCCGUGUGCUGUUGCUUCGCUGAACUUGUUCUGUGUGCUGUGUCUGCCCUUGGGACCGUCUCUGUCACCCACGGUCGCGUCUGGUGUCAACGCAGGCAGUGCCUGUCUGCAUCUGACCCCGCGCCUGGGAAUGUGUGACGGGACGGUGCUGGGGGGAGCCUCACCCUGUGUCCGACCCCCUCCCUGGGAGUGUGUGACGGGACGGUGCGGGGGGAGCUUCGCCCCGUGUCUGACCCUGUCCCAGCCCCAAGAGCACUUGCUGGAACAAACAAAAUAUUGAGCACCUCCGAAUUCUCCGCACGUAUCAUCAGAAGGAAUCUCAGACCCACCCUCGAUGGGACGAUCUUUCCCCAUGUGUUAAUCUGGUGCCCUUACACCGCCAGGCUGUCAUCUAGUGUUCUGCUGCAAUAAAAUAGUUCCGUUCUUUGA